ACAUAAUUCAGUAUUCUCUCGGCCAUAUGGGAAUUAGGAACAAAGCCUUCUUCUUCUUCUUCUUCUUCUUCUUCUUCUUCCUCCUCCUCUUCUUCUUCCUCGACGCCUCCUCUUCUUCCUCGACGCCUCCUCUUCCCUUGUUCCACUUCCAAAUCUCCUAACCUCGACACCAUCCCCAUUUCUCUCGUCAGAACCUCAAGUCGCUCACCUCUCUCGCGACUGCAUUUGAAGAAGCCCCAGUUCGGAACUUCGAAGCCCUAAUUCGUGCUCCCAACCUGCCAUCUGGUAUCCGCUUGCUGCUGGCAUACAGGCACCAAUGGCAGGCGUCAUUACGAAGUUCUUCAUUGCAUCACUGUUUAUGUGGAUAACUCCCAUCAUAUUGUUAUAUGGUUUUAACCAUAAUUUGAUUCCUGGUUCAACACAUUUGAAUCCGCAUUCUCUUACGCUCUUGAGUGGAUUCCUUGCUGUCAUAUCAGUCAAUGUUGUCAUUGCCAUUUAUAUUAUCAUGGCAAUGAAAGAACCCUCUAGUAAACAUGAACCGGAUCCUGCAUUUGUUGCCGAGGCAAAAGCUAGUAUAAACCAGGCUCCUGGGAAAGCAGAGGACCCCUCACAAGCCAAUAAUAAGAAGGAAGAAUAGGAAAUGAGAGAGGGAGGCUCUGAAGAGCUUAACCUUUCCAGGAUUUCAGGUGAUAAUAUGUCUCAUGUGUGGUCAGACGGCUGCUUGUCAAUUGAGACUUGGUUUUUUUUUUUUUUUGCUUUUUUUGCUUCUAAUGAUGUUAUACUUGAAGAGGAGAUGUAAUAUUUGUAUUUCUGGCUUCAUAGUUAAAACUUUAUAACAUAAUCCUGAUGGUUUCA